AUGGCUGACUUAGAGGCCCCGCAGACUGUGCACAUCGCCCCUGCCUUUGACCUUCACAAUCACUCCUUAGGAGGGCGCUAUUUUUCUUUCACUUUACAGAUAAGGACACUGAGCCUCAAAGAGCUGGAGACACAGAGCCUGUCCAUGCAGGUCUGCUGGCAGGAGACUCGGCCUUGGGGCUCUUUAAACUUGGAUGGCACCUCCCAGGGUGGGAGCUGUGGAGCCUCUGAGCCCUGGAAGGCCCCAUGGAUCAUCAGCCUCUCAGGCACCUACUUCUGCAUGUGGGAGUAUGACUGUGGCUUUCCUGAGGAGUCCCUGAGAUACAAGGAGCAACAUGUCACGCUCCCUGACUGUCUUUCCUCUGUUGCCCUACUCUUCAGCUCUGCUUCCAAGCUUGCAAACACCAGCAUCCAAAACAGAGGCCAGGCCAAACUCUAUCAGCUGAGCCACGACCACCUGUUCCUUCUCACGCCUUUCCAAGAAGGCAGCUCUCCAGACUUAUAUCAUUCUACCUUCCAGCGGACAAAGAACAUGCAGGUGGCUCCAGCAAAAGUCCUGGGGCUGUCUCCUGUUGGACAGUGGACCAACAUGAAGUCCUGUGUUGGACACAGUAGUUCUCUGAGCGCCCUGGCAUGUGGUGACUUAGCCAUCAGCCUCUGUGCUGAAAGGAAAGGCUGCCAUACACUGCCACAAAAGCCACAGAGGGAACCUGUUACCCGUGUGAUGGACAGCCUCACCCCAUCACCCCACCCCGUAUGGCACCGAGUACAACCCAAAGGCCAGUCCAGGAAUGGCAUGGAAGGAUCGCAGCAACUAAAGAUGCAGGAAACACAAGACAAGCUCCCCUGGCCCUCGUCGAUGACAGCGCUCAUCGAUCACCACAGUUCUUCCCAAAGGCUCAGCCUCAGAGGCUUUCUUAACAUGGAGCUCCACAAGGCCCUGGGUGAGGAUAAGGCCACUGUUCUGUUGCAAGUGAAGCCAGAGCUGAGAGGAAUGGGACUCACAGCACCCGCGUCGCAGUGCUGUCCUGAGGAUGGACGGAGUGAAUGCAGAAAAGCUUUGAGAGUCACGCCCAUUGCGUGGAAGGCUCAGCCUGUGCUCACUGUCAGCCCACCCUACAUCCUGCUCAGGCUCUUCUAUCUGCCUGGGGUCCCUGGUGUGGCUAAUUCCCACGGAUCUCCAGACCUUGACCCCAGCCUCCUGGAGUUGCUGCCUGCUACACCCUCUCACCACACCCCCGAUCCACUCACUGCCUUUUAUAACACAACAGUCCUGAGCUCCACAGGCUCUGGGGAGACAGGGCGGGCCUCAGCAGAUGCCCCAGAAGAUGCCAGCUGCCUCCCUGAGGACAGCCCCUCAAGUUGCUUCCUCUCCACCGUUUUGUUAAAGGGCCUCACCUUCAGGCAUGAUGUUUUUGAUAUUCAUCCGUUUUGUUGUAUGUUGCGCAUUCUUUUUCAUUGUUAUGUAAACUUCCAUUGCGGGAAGCCAGAGUUGGUGGCCAAGAUGAGCUUGCAUGCAGCCGCAACACUGAUGAAAGGCUGCUCGGUUAGGGAUGGCACCUUGCACUGGGCAUAGCGUCGAAGCUUCACUCCAGCCAGCUUUCUGGUGGAGGACACGAAUUUCCCUGAUGAGCUGGACAUAUCCUUCUUUGCCCAGGAAGGUAUCCUCCAUGAAGAACUAUCCACAUACCCGGACGAAGUUUUUGAGUCCCCAUCAGAGGCAGCACUCAAGGACUGGGAGGAGGCACCGGAGCAGGAGUACCUCACUGGCGGGGCCCUGGACCGCAGUGAGCUUGAGCGCAGCCACCUGAUGCUGCCUUUGGAGCGAGGCUGGCGGAAGCAGAAGGAAGACACUGCAGCCUCGCAGCCCAAGGUGCGGCUGCGACAGGAGAUGGUGAGCACCGCGGGGCCGCGGCGGAACCAGCGCAUCCUGGUGCGGGUGCGCAAGCUCUUCGCCCGGGAGAAGCGACUGUAUGGGCUGAGCGUGGUGGGACGGCUCACCAACCGUACCUACCACAAGCACAUCGACGCCUUCGUCAAGCGGCAGAUCGAGGACAUGGACAGCCACAGGCCCUUCUUCACCUACUGGCUCACCUUCGUGCACUCGCUCGUCACCAUUCUAGCCGUGUGCAUCUAUGGCAUCGUGCCCGUGGGCUUCUCACAGCAUGAAAAAGUGGACUUGGUGCUGUGGAACCACUGGGUCUACGAGAACGUCAAGUACGUGCAGCAGAACUUCUGGAUUGGGCCCAGCUUGGAGGCCCUCAUCCACCUGGGCACCAAGUUUUCGCCCUGCAUAUGCCAGGAUCCGCAGGUGCACAGCUUCAUUCGCGCAGGGCGCGAGCAGGUGAAGCACUCGGCCUGCUGCAUGCACAACGACAGGUCGGGCUGCCUGCAGACCUCGGAGGAGGAGUGCUCAUCCAUGCUGGCAAUGUGGGUGAAGUGGCCCAUCCAUUCCAGCGCCCCAGAGCUUGCCGGCCACAAGAGACAGUUUGGCUCUGUCUGCCACCAGGAUCCCAGGGUAUGUGAUGAGCCCUCCUGGGAAGACCCCCAUGAGUGGCCAGAAAACAUCACCAAGUGGCCGAUCUGCACAAAAAAAAACAGUGCCGGGAACCACACAACCCUUCCCCACAUGAACUGUGUCAUCACAGGACGGCCCUGCUGCAUUGGCACCAAGGGCGGGUGUGAGAUCACCUCCCGGGGGUACUGUGACUUCAUGAGGGGCUAUUUCCAUGAGGAGGCCACGUUCUGCUCUCAGGUGCACUGCAUGGAUGAUGUGUGUGGGCUCCCGCCUUUCCUCAACCCUGAGGUGCCUGACCAGUUCUGCCACCUGUGGCUGUCCCUCUUCCUGCACACCAGGAUCCUGCACUGCCUGGUGUCCCUCUGCUUCCAGAUGACCGUCCUGCGGAACCUGGAGAAGCUGACAGGAUGGCACCGCAUAACCAUCAUCUACCUGCUGAGUGGUGUCACUGGCAACCUGGCCAGUGCCAUCUUCCUGCUGCACCCAGCAGAGGUGGUUCUGGCUGGCUCCCAGUUUGGCAUCCUGGCCUGCCUCUUCGUGGAGCUCUUCCAGAGCUGGCAGAUCCUGGAGUGGCCCAAGCUGCUGGCUGUGGUGCUCUUCCUCUUCACCUUUGGGCUGCUACCCUGGAUCGACAACUUUGCCCACAUUUCGGGGUUCAUCAGUGGCCUCUUCCUCUCCUUUGCCUUCUAGCCCUACAUCAGCUUCGGCAAGUUCCAUCUGUACUGGAAAUGCUGCCAGAUCAUCAUACUUCAGGUGGUCUUCCUGGGCCUCCUGGCUGGCCUGGUGGUCCUCUUCUACUUCUAUCCUGUCCGCUGUGAGUGGUGUGAGUUCCUCACCUGUAUCCCUUUCACUGACAAGUUCUGUGAGAAGCACGAACUGGUCGCUCAGCUCCACUGAGCUGGCUGCGGGCUCCAGGCGCCAUGCGCUCCAGCAGGCCAGAGCCAGACACGACAACCCUGAGCCUCACAGGCUUACGGGA